UUACGAUAAAUUUUUAUGAUUUUAUUCAGUGUGUUUUAUAAGCCACUGCGCCUUUCACGGAUUACUGUCGGUUUUGCAGACAUUUUGGGGAUAUCCGCGGUAUCUUAAAAUCGAACUGCGUUGUCAGUCCACAGACAGUUUGCGCGAAAUGAUCAACAAGGGCCUUGUCGAUGAGAAUCCGCGGAUUUUAAUGCGACUGACUUCAUUUGACGACACCACGUUACGGGUCACGAAGCGCCAACUGCUGGAACUGGAAGGCGUCUUAGUUUACGUGAGUCCUGAUCAACGAAGCUCUGGACAACCCGCGUGGUUGGUACCGCUUCCCAUCAGCGACAAUAUCCAGGCAAUCGAAGUCACCGUGUGCAGCAGCGAUGGAGCCGCCGGUCUGCAACCAUAUCGGUUCGUCCUCAACUGGGAAUUCCUGGGCGCGAUGAAUCCCGACGGUCAGUUCGGAAUCAACCGCACCGCCCUCGCCGCCGUCCCCGUGGGGCGGCUAUUCUUCGGCGACACCAUCAACAGUGUCACCGGCAUUCCGCUACCGAGGAUCCUGGUGCCGGGAACCGGCAGCAUGUUCUACUACAGCGUGGACGACUGGCGGACGGUGGAGCAGUUCAACCUGACCAAACAUCCCAUCGGUGUGCCGAUCUGCCAGAUCAGUGACCAGACCAUCUCCUGGCUCAUCCAGCAUGCCGUGCUUCAUGAUCGCUUACUGGUGGCUACCAACUUUGGAUUGCUGCAACUGCUAUCCACCCGCGGAAAGAAGAAAUAUCCGCAAAUGCCAACGGAGACCGUCAUCCUGGCGAAGUGCGUUAACAAGAUCAUCUUUCCGCCGCUGGAUACUCAGGACACUCCGUACCUGACCGCGAUCACCGUUGACUAUGAGAUCUUCACCGCGCCCUACUUCAGUCCUAAUGGCAGCUUGAUUUUCACGGCGGUGUUGUCCAAGGAAAACUUUUAUACCGGCAUCCAGAAAUUACUCCCGAACUACGGCAGGCACGGUGUGAUCGACGUCGUGGAAGGCACGUCACGGGGCGUGCUGGCGUUGAUGAGCGGGGACAGUAUGUCGAUGGAUGUUACCGAUCCUGGGAAGACCUGCUUGAUUUUCGUCGAUGCAGCGACGUCAGCCAUGACCAUCCGUUCCUGUCUCCCGUCAUUCAUCCCGGAAACGGACGAGCGGCUGCCGUUUAUUGCCAUUGACAACAGCACCCGCUUUACAACGCGGAUAAUCAGCAUCAGCAGGGUGCUGCGAUCGAUCGGAGAUCUGGAUUACCAACUGGGAUCAACCGGCCUUCUACCGCAUCUAUCCAUCGUCCGCCUGGGACACCGCACUCAUGCUGUCCGGUGAUACCGCAUUAUGGCAGACAUGGCAGGCUGCAGAAUACAGGAAGCUCCUGUUCAUCUGUUUCGACUGGUUCGGCAAUCCGUUCCAGUUAUUCAGCGUCUAUAUAAUGAAUGGCUGGAAGAUGCUGAGAAUUCCGUUGCGAGCGGAGGAGAUUAUUGCGUCCCUGUCCAGUUCGGCUCUGAAUGUGCUGGCGGAUGCGCCGGCACUGCAGAGCUUCACCACAAAAAACUGCCCGCAAGUACAGGUUAAGGUCAACCGGCGCCACUACCUGGAACGACUGGAGCCAUCUCCGAAAGGGCCACCACCGAUCACUUCCCAUUAUGCUAUCAACACGCAGCCGAAUGAAAUCCCUCCGCGAACCGAUCAAAUUUUGAUCGACUGUCUAGUCUCCGUGAAAGAGCACCAAAACAACUCGACCCAGGUACAAAUCAACGAGAUCCGUCAAAGGGCAGUUUAAUACUGGUUCGCCUCAGCCAACCAAUACCGUAAAACUACCAGCACCGCCUCCGCCCGCCGCCCCAUUCUUCCUCCGGGAGAUCAGCGAAGUCGGGUGAGAACAGUCAGGCGCCGCGGCGACAACAGGCCCCAACCAAGACUCGGGUAGAGCUCUUGGUUCAAUCGAGCCCCAACCAUAGUUCGGCGAAGGGGAAGAAUGUUUAUGGCUCCAACAGCGCAUUGCAGUUUCCUUCGCCAAGAGCAACCACGAUCUCAAGGAUUUCUAUGCCCAGCACCCGCGAUACGAAGCGGACGCCAUUGAAUCUAAAGGCCGCGCAGUCUCACACAUGAAGAUUAUGAGAAAUGCCUUCCGCCCAGCGCAUACGCGACUCCCGACGCAGAGUCAUCGCGCCUGACCGUGCUGGUCGAGCCACCCGAUAGCGCCAACAGCCUUAACAAUCAGCUGUCACGGUGGAAUUUCGGGACAUUUCAGCAUGUCGUCGAUACGCAGCUUUAGCGAUCCCGGCACCGUAUACUGACCGCGGCUAAUCACCGCCUAACGACAGUGCUUUCGUGAAAUCGAGAUUGUCCGCAAAAUCUCGAGUUUCCCCACUAUCCCAAUGCUCCCGCGUAUCCUCAAAGAGUCCGUCGCCGGUAGCGCGUUCGCCGGUGUACGACAACGAGGAGCUGGACGACAAUAAUCCCUUUGCCACGGAGAUCCGGCAGCCGCAGUCGCGCCGCUCCCUGGAGUCUAAAGGGCGGAAGGUGUGCGACCGGAAGUCCCCGUCGAAGAACAGCCUGGGCAGCGUGCACGAGUGUAGCCGGCAAGAAUGUUAACAUGUUCACGGUUCACGGAGUGAGCAUAUUUCCCGGGCGAAAAUGCUUGUGAGCAUUUUUGACGGGUGAAAGUGCUCACGAAUGAAAUCAUGUGUGUAGAGUGCCGAUUUUCUGUAUAUAAAUCACUAAUACAUGUACAUAUUUUUCUUCAGAAUGACUAAGAUACUCAGAUAAGACACUUAUCUCCAAGACGUUUUAUCUUUUGGUGUUGUUAUAAAUAAUUUUACUUGUACAGAUUAUGGUUGAUCUUAACUUGCCCGGCUCUUUGGACAUGACUUGAAACGUUCGGUUUCGCGCACUCCGAAAACUCUGGUUUAUAUUGCCUUGAGUCAGUGUGUAGCCAAAAUAAUUUGAACGCACUGGCAUGAUAAUCGUUUAUGCGAGUAAUACCCAGUUUAUGAGAUAUGGUUAGUUUUUAUGACAGCCUUCGCAAAAAAUGCAUAAGAAUUGAACGACUCAUCCGUUCUCCGAUAUCUACAGUAACUUGUUUCAAAAAAAGGAAUGUUUGUUUGACAAGGAUACAUUCAGUCCAGAAAAUCGAAAAUUUAUAAAAUCGGUUUCUCUUU